AUGGUUCUAUCGGAUCGAGUCGGCCAGGCCCCUCCAUCUCGUGAUGACCGACAGAGACAUCGCGAGGCCCCAGGCCCUUUUGGUGGAAUGAAUAGAAGAGUCGCCAAUGUCGACCCUGCCCGCAGAGCCGGUCGACAACGUGUGGUAGCAGGAAAAGAUUCAAAAGGCAGCAGCACAAGAGAGAGGGACAACCGAAGAGGGGGGACAAGAGAUGGUGAUGAUCGAAAGGCACUCAAGAUGCAGCGCGCUUUGGCUACAGUUUCUUAUGGAAAACGAAUGAUGACGAAGGACAUCCUAACCGAAUACGACUCAUUCGAUAACUUCGACCUGAUCCCCUCCCUACAAGUCGCCGUCAACGAGGAGCUCUUCAAGGGUAUGACCGAUAUCAAGCCAACGCCUGUGCAAAAACUUGCAAUUCCCGCUCUGAUAGGUCAAAAGAGUCCUGAUGACCUGAAGAAGCCAUCAGAAGAAAUGAGAUCAUUCCUUCUCGCCGCCGAAACAGGAUCUGGAAAGACGUUGGCAUAUCUUUUACCAGCUGUCGAUGCUCUCAAGACAGCCGAGGCCGCGGAUCCUGAGUUAAAGGCAUAUCGUGAACGAUGGGAGAUCGAGAAGGAACGACAAUUAGCAAGCAAUUCCAAGGGAAAGCCAUUCGAUGAACCACACCCUACAAUGGCCCGUCCCAAGGUUGUUAUUCUUGUACCUACAGCCGAGCUUGCACAUCAGGUUACGAAGACAUCCAAAUCACUUUCUCAUGUCGCCAAGUUCAAGACAGAACUCCUCUCUUCGGAUCUGAAGCCUCAACAGAUCCAGCGCAACUUAUACGGACCUAGAGGAGUUGAUAUCAUUGUUUCGACACCUCAUCUUCUUGCAUCCAUCGCCGACUCUGAUCCGAAUAUCCUUUCUCGUGUCACACAUCUGAUCGUUGACGAGGCCGACUCUCUAUUCGACCGAAGUUUCGCACCUGUAACGACCAGCAUCGUCGAGCGUGCAAUGCCAUCCUUGAAGCAAUUUGUCUGCUGUUCUGCCACUAUCCCUCGAAAGCUCAACAACUAUUUAGCCACCAACUACCCCAAGAUGACACGAAUUACCACCCCUAACCUUCACGCCAUUCCUCGACGUGUUCAACUUGGAGUCAUUGAUGUCUCAAGAGAACCUUACCGUAAUAACAAGGAUCUCGCUUGUGCUGAUGCGAUUUACUCCAUCGGUCGCGAAGCUUCCAAUCAUGAGGGUCCUGUCAAGGGCGAGGUCGAUGUUCGCCGUAUCAUGGUGUUUGUCAAUGAGCGAGAAAAGACCGAAGAGUUGGCUGAAUAUCUCAGAGAAAAGGGUAUCAACGCCGAGGCUCUUCAUAGAGACACUCCCGAAAAGCGCCAUGGCGAGGUUUUGGAAACAUUUACAUCUCCAGACCCUCUCAGAAUCCCUACACCAACACUCAAUGCCAAGAAGCGAUCUCUGCCCAACGUGAGAGUCCUAGUUGUCACAGAUUUGGCUUCCAGAGGUAUCGACACUCUUGCAGUUCGUCAUGUCAUUCUCUACCACGUACCGCACACAACCAUUGACUUUAUCCACCGACUGGGUCGUGCUGGACGAAUGGGUCGACGAGGUCGUGGUAUCGUUCUUGUUGGCAACGACGACAGAAAGGACGUUGUUGCAGAGGUCAAGAACAGUAUGUUCAGAGGAACGGCUCUAAUAUAA